AUGCCCGGAAAGAUUCCAAUACUCACUGCUGCACUCGUCGGCUUGACCCAUGCCCAGGAAUGGUUCUGGGUACCCCCAGGCCUGACAGGCACAUUCUGCAACGGUCUGAGCCGACCUGAUUGGGAUGAAUGCGAGGCCAAGUACGUCGACGACUUGAUCAACACCGAGCUGCAUAUCGGUCCUGAUUUUGGCGAUGGUGUCACCUUCACCUACGAGAAUUGCGAGAUGAAAUACGUUCAGUGCACUUCAUCUGGCUACGAAUGGGUCGAAGAGAACCCAGCUUUGUUUGCGGGCCUCAAACGACAAUGUGGCGCUCUCGACGCCGCUGGCGUCCAGCGACAAGGAGAUCUCUGCCUAGUCGUCCAAGACCCUAAGAACCCCUUGACCGGGGACGAAGCCCGCAAGCGGGAGACUACCAAGCAGGGUGAACUUGUCACCCAGCCCGCGUGGCCUGCCUCGCAGGAAGAGUCCGAUGAAAGUGGUGAUGGUGGCUCAGAUAAGGACAACUCGAAGCGCGCCCAUCCCAGGGACAUGGGCGUGGCCCGAGAUCUCGUCGAAGAGUCUGCAUCUCUGGAGCGCCGUCAAGAAUGCUCGGGCGGAGGCACCUGCUACAGCUACGACCAGUCCGGCUUUGCUGUCAACAUUCGCGGCCCCAGGGAGUACGUGUGCAACGACGUUCUCCCUAACGGCGGUUCGUGCUCCAAGACGAGGUCCGUCACUGUUACCGAGACAUACACUGUUGGCCUCGAUGUAACUGCUGGUCUCAAGGAUGCUGUUGACAUUGGCGCGUCCUUCUCCUCCGAGUAUAGUGAGGCGGUCGAGACAUCGCUGAGGACUACUAUCACCAUCGACUGCCCGGACAACGGAAGUGGAUAUAUCGUGUGGUAUCCCCUUAUGCAAGUCUCUUCCGGGCAAUGCAACAAGGGAACAUGCAGUGGUGGAUACUGUCUAGGGGACGAGUUUGACUAUUGCACGAUUCGAAGACCUACACAGCCAAGCGAGGGUACACUCAGUGGAGAGUAUGAUUAUAUCUGUAUUUAA